UCAUUCAUUCUUCUGCAGUACAUUUCUUUGGCAGUGACCGCGUUUCUACAUUGAAAAGUUAAAGGAAAAUACAUUUCAGCGCAUCUUUCAUUGAUAGCAGACAUUUCACUAUCAACAAUCCUCUUCAUCUGACGUUCAUCUGAGCAAAAAUGAGCAUCACAAAGUAAGUUGAGUACAGUUACUCUUUCCCUGAGGUUGUGAUGCCAGUGGAUUUGGCCAUGCAUGCGCAAGUUAGCCCACCGGUGUCUCAGCUCCUUGGCAUGUCCUCUUUCAGGCCCUCUUCAUCCAACAUGCCCUCACCGGAGCUUCUAAGAGCCAGACUUUCGCCUCCUUCCCCAACAUCUUCACUGUCUUCCUCCGGCUCUGGCAGCUCCCUGUCCUCGUACUCUCCUGGAAGCAGCACGCUCCGCAAGAAGAAGCGAGUCGUAUUUGCUGAUGCUAAAGGCCUCGCUCUCUCCUCCGUGCGCAUCUUCACCGUGGACCCAUCGGAGACUGAAACAGAAGAUGUCCCACAACCAGAGGAGCGCGUGAUGGCUAGAGCGCCCACACAGAGCAUGAGACUGCGACUGAAGCUUGGAUUUCCACAGCCUGUUGUAGACCGUGCAAGCUUGAAGGCACACUUCGUGCAGUUGGAGAGCUGUAGCAUGACCGAAAGGGUGUUGAGCGGAACUGUACGGGUCUGCAACUUUAAGUGUGACAAGACUGUCUUUGUCCGAAUAACUUUUGACUCAUGGCGAAGCCAGAAAGACAUUGCAUGCACUUAUGUGAGAGAAAAACAUACAACUUUGGAGACCAAAUUGUAUGCUUUUAAUGUGUCUCUACCGUCCGAGCUGAACCAAAAGGACCGCCUGGAAUUCGUAGUGGUAUUCCAACCCGGCAACUUGGUGCUCACAGACAACAACAAAGGUAAAAACUACCAGAUUUAUGUGGAAAACGUGGCAUCGGAACCUCGGCUGGUGAUGCCAAGCAGGCGGAACUUCGUUACACCAAGUCCUCAACGUAUUUCUGUGUGGCCCGUGGUCAGAAGUCAUACUCUACAGAUCACGAAAAACCUGGCAUGCAAAAGCCCACACUACCCAGACCGUCUGGUACACAGGACCUGGGGAAGAAUGACAAAUGUUGCUCCAUUGUGUUAAGAUGGGACUGAGACACUUGUGUGGUCCAUAUUUCUACCU